GAGGGAGGGGGGGUGUAUGUGCGUAAAGAAAAGACCUUACGUCACGUGACCGCCUCUUACUCCCAAACCCAUCAUUUGAGGAAUAACAUAUAUGUGUUAUAGCAGCGCGCGGCCGUUUCCUCUGAUGCGUUCAAAGGCAGAUUGAAUCAUAGGAUGCUAUUUAAACGAACGGAGGGAUUUUAGCCACAUUCACGGACUAAACUGGAGUUUGGUGUAAAAGGCAGCUGAGAUUGGACUUUGUGUGCCUGUUUGCAAGUGGAGGAAAAUACUGAGUGGUCAUCAUGGCAGAAAACAACUUCCCUCCCCUGCCUCGGUUCAUCCCCCUCAAGCCAUGUUUUUACCAAGACUUCAAUGAGAUCCCAGACCAGUGUCGCACCAUGUGCAAGAGGCUCUACUACCUCUGGAUCUUGAAUAGUGCAACACUGGCCGUUAAUCUGAUUGGCUGUCUGGCGUGGAUGUGUGGAGGUGGCGGAGCGACCAACUUCGGCAUGGCCAUCCUGUGGCUCAUCCUCUUCACCCCCUGCUCCUACGUGUGCUGGUUCAGGCCCAUCUAUAAGGCCUUCAAGACCGACAGCUCUUUCAACUUUAUGGCUUUCUUCUUCGUCUUCAUGGCCCAGGUGGUGAUCAGUAUUAUCCAGACUGUUGGCAUUCCAGGCUGGGGAGUAUGUGGUUGGCUGGCUACCAUCACUUUCUUCAGCACCAACAUCGGCUCAGCUGUGGUCAUGCUGAUUCCCACCAUCAUGUUUACUGCGGUGGCUGUACUCUCCUUCAUCGCCCUCACAAAGGUUCAUAACUUCUACCGUGGCAGUGGUGGCAGCUUGGGUAAGGCCCAAGAGGAGUGGGCCACUGGUGCCUGGAAGAACCCCCACGUUCAGCAGGCAGCCCAGCAGGCGGCCAUGGGAGCCGCGCAGGGAGCCAUGCAACAGAACGAAUACUCAGCAGCUCCCACCUACAACUACGACGACCCAAUGUAGGGCAGAGGAGAGGGCCAGGCUGCCGAGUGGGGGAGAUAAAAAGGGAUCAAUUAAGAACACAAUUCAGAAUUAGGUGCCCUUCAUUGUAACACUGUACAAGCUGAAUCCAACCAGAACAACGUAGAGAAAAGUCCUGUUUUUGGUGGAAGUGUACUCUUGUUGAAUUCUGACUCGUGGGAGUUAUUAAUUUAAGUCACAUUUAAAUCAACAGCCAGUUAUUUAAGGUUUUUAAUCUCUUAUGCUGCUCAAUUUUAGCCGAUCAAUGUGUGUGUUGCUUUCUAACGGAGACACAUAACAGCUCAAACCAGUCCCCUGAGCUUCAUCAGUUUAUUCAGGUAGGUUCAUCUGUGGUCAGCGACUUCUCUGCCUCUGCCUCGGUCACACUUUGAAAACAUCUUUAAUUACUUUUAAUGUGUUUUUGAUGUAUUGCAGUAACUACAUUGUCAAGAGUGUUUACUUUCAUUAGCCUUGAAGGUCACCAAACACAAUUGCCCCUCCAUUGAUGCACUGUAGCUGCUUGUUUCAGUUUGGGAAAUAUGCUCAUUUGCUUUCUGCUGAGAGCUGGAUGAGAAGAGCCAUUACUUUAAUGUCUGUACAGUAAAUAUGAAGCUACUGCUAGCAGCUGGUUAGCUUAGCUUGGCAAAAAUACUGAAAACAAGGGAAAACAGUUAGCCUGGCUCUGUAACAAAGCUAGUUUCCAUCUGCUUUCAGUUUUCUGUGCUAAGCUAAGCUAACCACCGGCUUACGAUAGCUUCAUAUUAAAUGUACUGCUAGCAGAUGCUUAGCUUAGCUUAGCUUAGCAAAAAGACUGGAAACAGGGGAAGACGGCCUGGCUCCAUAACAAAGCUAACAAAACCCACCUACAGCACCUCUAAACUCACUAAUAAACACAUAAUAACUUAAUGGACAGAGCUAGACUAGCAGUUUCCCCCUGCUUUUUCAGUUUUAUGUGCUAAGCUAACUUCCUAUUAACUGUAUAGCUACCAGCUGGUUAGCUUUACUUAGCAAAAAAAAUGUUAACAGGGGAAAACAGUUAGCCAACAAAACCCACCUACAGCACCUCUAAACUCACUGAUAAACACACAAUAUCUUGUCGGACAGUUCCCCCCCUGCGUUCAGUUUUCUGUGCUAAGCUAGGCUAACCAGUGGCUAACGGUAGCUUCAUAUUAACUGUAUGGCUAGCAGCUGCUUCGCUUAGCUUAGAAAAAAAAAACUGGAAACACAUAAUACACAGUCCUAGGCUCGCAGUUUCCCCCUGCUUUCAGGUUUUUUGUGCUAAGCUAAGCUAACAAGCAGCUAGCCAUAGCUUCAUAUUAGCUGUACAGACAUGAUAGCGGUAUCAAUCUUUUUUUUUUCUUUCUUUUUUUUUUUUUUUUACAAGUUUAGGGUAUAACUAAACUGUAAUGCUGUGUUCACGUGAAAUCAGGGUGAUAGUAGACAGCAAACCGGAUAUUUUAGUGGAUGGCAGCAGGACGUUAAAAUUAGCAGGGUGUCUACUGGUCCUUAAAAGUCUUAAAUUCAAUAUUACAACAAUAAAACAAGGCCUUAAAAGUCAUUAAACAGUAUUAAAUUUUAUUUUGUGAGGUCUUAACUACUACAUACUUUUUAUCUAAUUUCAUUUAUCCAUUUUUUAUUUCUUCUUGUGAAUAUGAGUGGAGCAUUUCUAUGUAAAAGUUCACAUUUUUAAUAUUACAAAUCUUUAACAAAAUAUAAUACUGAAAAAAUAUACCUAAAAAAUCUGUCCUGAAUUUGGUUAAAAGGUGUUAAAAGGUGGCAUCACCAUUGCAACAUAUUGUCAUAGAUGUUUCGUGUUGUCCAGAUGCUGUUUUCCGUCUGCCAUCUACUGUCUGCUAAUUCCUUGUGAAUGCAGCAUAAGUUAUAUUUUUAGCAGCCUAGUAUCCUUUUAAUACUGGCCAAUAAUUUUCUUACUUUGGUACUUUUUGUUGAGAAAGAAAACGUUUAACCUGACCCAAAACUCCAUAACAGAAUCCUAAAUAAAAUGAAAUUUUAAGGGAAGAUGAAUAAAAAUGUAAUUGGGCACAUGACUGAAAUCAGAUGGCACAAAAUUUAUGAAGAAAGUAAUUUUCCCAACCCAAAAACUUUUAAAUCCCAGAGAAAAUAUUCUAAAAUUUAUGUUUUGGUGACCUGAUAGUUUAUUUUAACCGAUGAGAAGUUGCUCUACAUCAGUGAACCUCUCAGUUUAAUUUUUUUAUUUUUAUUAUUAUUAUUUUUUACAUUCUCAGGAAAGGUGUGACAGCUGGUUUUAAAUUCUUCCUGUAAAAGCCCUUAAAGUGUUAACAUGUCUGGCUUUUGUCUCCUUUUAAUUUCCAUCAUUCAACCAUCCGGGGUGUUUGGUUUCAUCAUCGCACACUGGUUUUGUGUUCAGCGGGUUGAUUUCGGUGAAAUUAAUUAUUAUGACAUAUUAAAGUGAAGCACAUGCAGGAUUAGGAUUGCAGUUCAUUGGAUAAAACAUUCCAAAUCAACGUUGUACAGGUUAAAAGAAAACCAAAACACUUGCAGGUUGGACACACAGUAAAUAUUAAUAAUCAUUGUCGUAGGUGGUCAUAGCAUUGUAUGAAGUGAUGGAUGUUUUCACCCCUUUGGCAAAUUUUCCCAAUUUACCCCUCCAUGUAAAUGCUUUAAAUGACUACUUGUUUCUGAAGCUCUGGAUUUCAGGCCUUAGUGUGUCAUUUCGUGGCUGUUGGUGUUUAAUCUAUGAGUAGGUGUAAUAUGAUAUUUAUAUAAAAGAAAAUAUAAAAUUCAAGCCAAUUAUUUCUGUAUGAGGUGAAACUGAGAGAGAGGAUAAUUGCGUGUGGCCACUCGGUCAGAGACAGCGUCAUGCUGAAUUCAGUGUCUCUCAAGUCUUCUUUGAAAAACGUCUUCAAGAUUCAGUAGGUGGUUAUUACAGUAAUACAGUAUUAGACUUGAAACAGAUGUGAAGAUUCGUGUCUGAAUGCUCGUUAUUUCAAAACCUGUGAGUCGUCUUGUCUGAUUGUGAUGACGUGGUAUUCAGUAGGCUGUUUGUUGUUUUAAUUUUCAGUUGUUGUUUUUUGUACCGACCUUUUGUUUUCUCGUGUGUGUAUUUUGGAUGAUGUGUGGAUGAGUCUGAAGCACAUGUUCCUUGUGUCUUUCCAUGGCUGUGGGAAAUUUGAGAUUUUUUUUUAAUUAUAAUUUUUGAAAAAAAACUUUAGAUAAUGUUUUGCACUGGGUUACCUGUCGACGUCAGUGCAAACUUAAGUCACAGUGGAUCACAGUGGAGCAAUACCAACAUUAGUAUGGUAGAUUAAGCAGGGUCCUGUUGUGCAGGCCUGAAAUAUAGACGUAAUGACCGUAACAUAAACUGUUACGAAAUGAACAAGGAGCCUGUUUUCAAGUUGGACACCACUAGUAUAAUUGUACAACUGCAUAACAUUCUCACCAGCAGAUGCACAUACAGUAGUUAUGAAGUAUAACCCUGUAAACCGUAACCAUCCACACGCUCAUCUGUUGCACAAAGUUUAGCUGAUCUGUUCUAUAAAUUAAGUGUGAAGUCUGCAGAGGUGAACAAACAAGCUACUUUUCUCUGUGCGUAGGUGAAUUUUGGAUCUGUUUUUUUUUUCUUUUUUGCCAUAUGUACAUACAACACAGUUAAUGUGACUCUGGAAACUACAGCUGUAUAGUAAUCGUGCAGCAGGAACUGCAGUGCAUUGGGUACUAAGACUCUGCAUUUCAUCUUAAUGUAUCAAAGCUUCGGAAAGCCAUCUCCCAUCAACUCCCCCACGUUCCCACAUGUACUGUAUGUUGUUUGAUAUGUAUUAUCAUGUACUAUAUCAUAACUAGAUAUAAAUAUAUAAUUACUUGAGGUGAGGUAAAUAUUUGCCAUGGAUAAACACAUUCAAUAGAAACAUGCUCUAAUUAGGUGAAUGAAAUGUUUGAGGAGGCUGUGUCUCCAUGAGUGGAGUAAAUGAGGAAUACAUUUUUGUGUAUUACUUUUGUAUUAUUUGGUCUUACCCUAAUAGAUAUUAAACAGUUCUUGUUGCA